AUGAGAGUGAGGGUAGUGUGGGCUGGAGACGCGACGCGGUGGUUUAGGGUUCGAAGGAGGCGACCGAGUCGUGAUUUGGAUGAGGGUGGUUCGAUUGAGGUGGCCUGUGGUGGCGUGAAGGAGAUGGGGGAGAAGCGGUCUUGGAUGGCAGGUUCCAAUGAGGUUGAAAUGGGAGGCAAUAUUGUUAGAGCAGGAUUAUGUUGGUGGCUGCAGCAUUGUAGCAAAGAGGAGAGGGUGAAGCAGUGUAGCAGAGAGGGUGAAACAUGA